AUGGCAGCAGUGGAGCUGUACCAUUAUCAUCCUUCGUUUAUUCUUGCCCUUGUUGCUCUUGGUUGUAUUGUUGAGGCUGUUGGAUAUGCUUGUCGUGUUGUAUCAGCUUCUGAAUCACCAGACUGGACUUUCGUUCCUUAUGCUGUUCAGACAUUUACGUUUCUUUUAGGUCCAAGUUUGAUUACUGCGAGUAUCUAUAUGAUUCUGAGCAAAAUCAUCAUUGCUCUGGAUGCAGAUAUCUAUUCACUCGUUCCAGUCAAAGUCAUACCUAAAGUCUUUAUCUUUGGAGACGCGGUCGCUCUGGCAGCACAAUUCACAGGUGCUGGCAUCUUGAUCAAUGCCACUUCAGUCAGUCAGCAAAGAACAGCUCAACUGAUCAUCAUUGGCGGCCUUGCUUUUCAGAUCUACUUUUUCGGCUUCUUCACAUCGGUCUUGCAUAUCGUGCACAGUCGCAUUAUCGACAACCCAUCUCGCCUGAGUGCCAAUCUGACCAUUCCAUGGAAACGCUGGGUUAUCGUUCUUUACAUCACCUGUGGACUUUUAAUCGCUCGAUCAGUCUAUCGAGUGGUCGAGUAUGCCACUGGACCCCUUGGCAUUCUCCAAGCAACAGAAAUCUACUUUUACGUCUUUGACGCAGGAUUUAUAUUCCUUGUCACACUCCUUCUUAACAUCUUCCAUCCAAGACAGCUAGCUACGGUUUCGACAGAUGAUCUACAAGAUAUUGAAACUGUCGUCGUCAGUCCUUCUAAACCACCUGCUCAAUAUCAACCACCUCGGACACCUCCAAAGUACCUGCAGCCACCGCCAUAUCUUCCUUCUUAUGCAAAUCUCAGGAAUCGCGGGCCUUACUAUCAUUACCCUCAAUCUCCGUACAGGACUCAGUCAUAUAUACAGUAUCCGCCUCCUUUGCACUAUUAUCAACAAAGAAGACCUCCAACGCUGGCUCACCAUCGUCCACGGACUAACAGAACUUACAAGAGCUUCAAUACUUCUUUGAGCUCUUCGUCUAGUGUUGUUAGUAUUUACAAUCCUCAAACUGGCCAGUAUGAGCCGUUUAGAAGGUAG